AUGGGGGGUGGCCUCACAUUCACCUUAAAGCUGCAAGGAGAGAAGGUGAGGGUGGCCAUGGCAGCAGUGGCCCCGGGCUUGGAAAGUCGCAGGCCCUCACUGGUGGGUCUAGGGGGUUCUGGGUCAUUGAGAGGCAGCUCUGCUGAUGGUUAUUUCUCAGUUUCUUGUAGAAAACACCUCUUGGGCCUCUCCCUCCCCACCAGGCAUCCUGAGAUGGGUCGGCCUAGUGGAGUCCCCUGGGGAGGACCAAGGGUGGGCACCCGGGCCAGGCUGCUGGCUGGGAGAAAAUGUAGGUGCCUCUCCCCAGCACUCCAUUCUGGCUUCCUGCCUUCCAGGAAAGGCUAG